AUGUUCUCCAGCUGCGCCGGCAACAAUACCCAUAGGUCGUUCCAGUUCACCGACGACGACGGCCGCAAGGACAAGUUCGUAAGGUUGGACGACACGAUCAGCCCGACCGCCACCAUGGAAGCCGGCAGCGGCCACCAGAUGGACAGCUACUUCUCCAGCCGCCCGGUCAAGAUCCGGUCGCGCUCCGUCCGCAUGGCGGCGGCCGGCGUGAUCAACCGGUCGGAGCGCCUCAAGAACAUCGGGCGCGUCUUCCAGGAGGACCUCAAGAGCAUCUCCCUCAAGAUCUACGACCCGCAGGACCCGUUCCUGAACCGCAUGAACCGCCUCUUCCUCUUCUCCUGCAUCGUCUCCGUCGCCGUCGACCCGCUCUUCUUCUACCUCCCCUCCGUGUCCGAGACCCAGAGCAACACCUGCAUCGGCUUCGACCGCGUCCUCGCCGCGGGGGCCACCGCGCUCCGAUCCGCCCUCGACUUCUUCUUCCUCGCCCGGAUCCUGCUGCAGUUCCACACCGCCUUCAUCGCGCCGUCCUCGCGGGUGUUCGGCCGUGGGGAGCUCGUCGUCGACUCCGCCGCCAUCGCGCGCCGCUACAUGCGCCGCUUCUUUGUGUUCGACGUCCUCUCAGUGCUGCCGCUGCCGCAAAUACAGAUCGUCAAGUUCUUCCUGCGCCCCAAGGGCUCCGACCUGCUCCCCAUCAAGACGGCGCUCUUCUUCAUCGUGCUCACCCAGUACGUGCCCCGCCUCGUCCGCAUCUACCCCAUCACCACCGAGCUCAAGCGAACCACGGGGGUCUUCGCUGAGACCGCCUUUGCCGGUGCCGCUUUCUACCUCCUCCUCUACAUGCUCGCCUCCCACAUGGUGGGCGCCUUCUGGUACCUCCUCGCCGUCGAGCGCCUGGAUGACUGCUGGCGCGAGAAGUGCGCGGGGCUGAGGUUCCACCAAUGCAAACAAUUCAUGUACUGUGCCGGGAAAAACAGAGACGACGACCAGGACGGGUUCACGGAGUGGCGGAGCAUGAUCCGGAAGGUGCUCGCGCAGGAGUGUGCCCCUGUAGACCAGAGCGGCACCGGCUUCAACUACGGCAUCUACACCACCGCCAUCUCCUCCGGCGUCACCCACACCGCAGCGCUCAUCCCCAAGAUACUCUUCUGCCUCUGGUGGGGGCUCCAGAACCUCAGCACGGGCGCGCAGGGCCUGGAGACGACGCACUACAAGGGGGAGGCGCUCUUCGCCAUCCUGCUCGCUCUCUUCGGCCUCAUCCUCAUGGCGCUGCUCAUCGGAAACAUGCAGACGUACCUCCAGUCCAUGACACUGCGGAUGGAGGAGAUGCGCCUGAAGCGCCGCGACUCGGAGCAGUGGAUGCACCACCGCCACCUCCCCGACGACCUCCGGGACCGGGUGUGGCGACACAACCAGUACAAGUGGCUCGAGACGCGCGGUGUGGACGAGGACGGCCUGGUGCGGUGCCUGCCCAAGGACAUCCGCCGGGACGUGAAGCGGCACCUCUGCCUCCGCCUCGUCCGCCGGGUGCCACUCUUCGCCAACAUGGACGAGCGCCUACUCGACGCCAUCUGCGAGCGGCUCAAACCCAGCCUCUGCACGGAGGCAACCUACGUGGUCAGGGAAGGGGACCCCGUCGACGAGAUGCUCUUCAUCAUCAGAGGCCGGCUCGAGAGCUCCACCACCGACGGAGGGCGCACGGGGUUCUUCAACAGGGGGCUGCUCAAGGAAGGCGACUUCUGCGGGGAGGAGCUGCUGACGUGGGCGCUGGACCCCAAGGCGGCGGCGAACCUGCCGCUCUCUACUCGCACGGUGAAGGCCAUCUCUGAGGUGGAGGGCUUCGCGCUGCACGCCGACGAGCUCAAGUUCGUGGCCGGGCAGUUCAGGCGGCUGCACAGCAAGCAGCUGCAGCAGACCUUCAGGUUCUACUCGCAGCAGUGGCGCACCUGGGCGUCCUGCUUCAUCCAGGCCGCCUGGAGGAGGUACCAGAAGCGCAAGUUGUUGGAGCAGCGGCGGCGGGAGGAGGAGGAGGCGUACGCCGCAGAGGUGGCGGCGUCGGGAGUGUCGUCCAGCAGACUGAUCAAGACCACCUUCCUGGUGUCCAGGUUUGCCAAGAACGUCAUGCGCGGCGUGCACCGCCAGCGGUCGCUUCGGGCGGAGAACCUCAUCCUCCUGCCCAAGCCGCCGGAGCCUGACUUUGGCAGAGUCAACUACUGA